AUGCUGCAAGACGAGGUUGAGACAUUAGACUCAAAGGAUGAGUCGAAAAUUUUGCUGGCAAGUUUGAGCAGUUUGUCGACGUGGGAGCAGGAAAUGGACAAAGUGGAGAAAGAAGCUGACGUAUAUAGACUCAAAUUAGCUCAACCCAUGUACGCCAAACGAAGGACGAUAUUAAAAAGGAUCCCCAAGUUUUGGUAUAUAAUAUUAGCCGAAAAUGAUGAAUUUGCCGACUACGCAAGUCCCGAUGAUCUCAAAUACUUGGAAUUUAUAGACGAUAUUUAUGUUCAUUAUCCGGUAGUGGAAGACACUGGGAACAAUACUAAUAACCCUAGGGACUUUGACAUCACAAUUAGCUUCAAAAAGAACCCCAUAAUUCAAGAGCAAGCCGUUACGAAAAGUUUCAAAGUGGUUGUGCGUGAUAAUGGUGAAGAGCAUUUGGAGUCGGUACCCGUGGAGAUCACAUGGCCCCAAGAAUUGUCAAAGAUCAACCCACAUUUGAUAAGAGAAAGAACAGACGGAGGCAAAACCAUGACAUCUGAUGAUAAGAAAAAGUAUCGGGCAGGAAUGAAGUCAUUUUUCUCGUGGUUCGCAUGGACGGGUAAGAAACCUGGGAAGGAGUUUAGAAAUGGCGAGGACUUGGCAAACUUGAUUUCGGAGGACAUUUUUGUAAACGCACUAAAGUACUACAUUGUGGCUUUGUCGAAUGAGUCAGGGGAAGAGGGCAGUGAAGAUGAGGACAGUUCAGAAGGAGAAGAGUUGGACCUAAGUGACGUUGAAGCGGGAACCAGGAAACGCGCGCUUGAAGACAACGAGUUGGAAGACGUGCAAGCAAAGAAGUCCAAAUAG